AUGACUGCGAGCACUUCUUCCGUCAUGUCUUCUCCACGCGAAGGAAAGAGAUCUUUUUCUUCCACUAUCAAAUCAUUCUUUUUGAAUUCGAAUAAAAAACGGCUAUCGAAUAAGAAGCUUUUCACUUCAGACAUCCCAUACGCGAAUCAUCUUGAUGAUUCGGAUCCAGAGACUACAUUACAUGUUAGAAAGAGAAAGAGGAUGGCCGGUACAUCACAACACAAUGAGCGCGUUAUUAAUGACAAUAGUAAUGUACCAAUUAUAAUAUACGGAGCUGAAGGAACAGAGAGACCGCCCGUUCUACCCAUCUUGCCCAUACAAAGGUUGAGGUUGUUAAGGGAAAAGCAGAAGCUUAGGAAUAUGCGUGAUCUUAGAUUAUUACAAGCCUUUAGAUCUCCUUCCGUUUCAUCUUCAAUGUUCGUAGAUCCUCAGAAUGAAGCGGGUGACAAAGAGUCAUACAUACGUACAUCCACUACGCCUUCUCCGAUCAAGAAGACGGUUUUCACAGAACAAAUUCCCGGAGAAGGCGUUGACAAUACAGGCAUUAAACUGCCUCUGCUAAAAUCUUUGAAGAACAAGGCUAGUAGAGAGAAGUUUCAAAGCCAAUCGAAGGGGACUGUAUGGUCAGCUAACUUUGAAUAUGAUUUAUCAGAAUAUGACACUAUGCAAAAACAACAGAAUAGCAAAAAUGUUAUUACUACCACUGCUGAUGAGAAUAAAAUUGACACGAGUAACAAUGAUAACAAGAACAAUGAUGUGAAUGGCGAUUUGGCGGGAGGUCCCACAUCAGCAAGUAAUUUUGAAGACCUAAGAUCAGAUAUCAACUCUAGUAGGCUGUCAAACUCUCAAAAAAAUUUACUUUUGAAUGGUUCUACUUCUACAGUUACAAAACAUGCCGCAGUGCCGAAGGAUUUUGCUGUUACUAUAAAGCCACUAGAUACGCCUACACUAAAGAAAAUUGCCGAAACCAAAAAGGACAAAGAAAGCAUUGUCUUGCCUACUAUUGGAUUCGACUUUAUCAAAGACAAUGAAACUCCCUCGAAGAAAACCUCCCCUGUAGCAAACGUUUCUACAGACACAGUCAUCAAUGCAAAUCUAUCCGACAUCCAUAAACCAACCAAUAUGUCAGAGAUCCCCAAGCUAUCAUUCAAUACCGGACAGAAGACCAAUGAACCUAAAAAAACUGAACAAUCUGCCUCUUCCUCCACUUUAUUCAACUUUGGUGGCAAAUCAGAUGCUUCUUCAAUUAAAAAACCUUUCUCAUUCGGAAAAGCCUCUGAGAGAGAAGAGAUGCCUAUGAAACCACAGGCGCCUGCAUUUUCUUUCUCAAAACCAGCAGCUCUCUCAGACGUCGCUCCAAAAUCAACUGCUGCGGCAUUUUCUUUUGGUAAACAUGAAAAAAAUGAUGAACAAGAUGGCGAUGAUAGUAAUGAUGAUAAUGAACCCAGAAGAAAAAGACGUGCUCAAACUAAUGAAUCCGUGAACGCUGGUUCAUUGUUUAGUCUUGAUAACCAAGGAGAAGCUAACAAAGGGGAGCCGAAAAUCGGUACGUCCGAAAAACCAAGCUUCACUUUUGGUUCAAGCAAUAAGCAAGUGGAAAGCGGACCGUCAUUUGCAUUCGGUAAAAAGCCCGAUGAAAAUGGCCAGACUAAAUCCCCCAUUGCAUUUACAUUUGGCAAACCAGUGGUCGCCAAAGAACCGGAAGUGAAAUCAUCAGAAACGCUCGCUUCUGUUUCUGGGAAACCUAGUUUUACAUUUGGUCAAUCCACAAGUGAAAAUGAAGCUUCUGGAGCACAUGGCAAGUCAGCAUUUUCUUUCGGCAAGUCAGCAACGGAACCGAAAAGUGGUYCAACUUCGAAUUCAGCACCCAAGCCAUUAUUUACAUUUGGCAGCAAGCCUGCUGACAUCCAAACAUUACCAGAUAACACCACAUCGAAACCCACACUUUCCUUUUCUAAGCCUGUCCAAGAAGACUCAUCCACCGCCCUAGAUUCCAAAAUGCCCUCGUUCGCUUUUGGAGCAUCUUCGAACCCCUCACAACAAAAGUCAUCGUUCUCAUUUGGCAAGCCAGAAGCGGUAAAAGAACCAACGGAUUCGAAAUCUUCAUUUGCUUUUACCAAACCUUCUUUUGAAAAGACUGAGACUAAGGGUGCACCCUCUUUUACAUUCGGUGCGCCAGCAACGAAUCCCAUCACAGAAAAUAGUACAAAGCCAUCUUUCAGCUUUGGAGCUCCCAAGCCGACUGAGCCCUCUGCAGUUGUGAUAGCAGGAAGUACUAACAAGACAUCCGGUGGAUUUUCCUUUUCAAAAUUUGAUGACAAGAAGGAAAAUUCAGCAACUGCAACUCCUUUAUUCAAACGGUCAGCUUCCACAACACCAGUUUCCGCUUUGGGUAAGCCAAUUGGUACUAAUAACAAUAUAUCAUCUAAAUCUGCAUUUUCAUUCGGCACUGCCAAUACCGAAGCUACCAACGCCGCCCCAACUUCCACACCAUUCUCUUUUAAUGGUCCAACUACCGACAACAUCACAAGCAAUACGAUCAGCAGUAUCUCAGGUACUAACAUAGUAGGUGGAUUUAAUUUAGGGAAACGAGCUCAAAGUAGCGCUGCUAAUAGUGAUGCCAGUGGUGAAAGCUCAAGAUUUAGUUUGGCUAGACCAGGAACCACUGUAAAUAGCAUAACUUCAGAUCAGCCCUCUUUUAAUUUUGGUAGCAAUAGUACGGCAGGCCCUAACCCUUUCACAUCGGCCGCUCCAUCGAAUAACACUGGUCUCUUUAAUAAACCGGUUUCUACGGGUGCACAAAGUACCAAUGCGCCUUCCAGUUUCAACUUUACUGGAAAUAAUCCCGCGUCAGGUUCUGUAUUCAAUAUGAACAACAAUACUGGUGCUACUACCAUGUUUGGCGGAUCUAGUACUAACUUAUCGCAGCAAUCGCAGAACACAUCCUUCAACGCAAAUAAUUCAUUCACACCGUCAACAGUUCCAAAUAUCCAUUUUGGCGGAUUUGAUGGUGGUAACAGUAAUAGUGCCACGGGUGCUUUGAAGCCAAGUGAUAUAUUUGGUGGGAAUUCUGCAUCUGGUUCUAAUGUAAACGGAAUUAACCCAUCAUCUGUUUUCGGAGGCUCAGAUGGAGCACCUUCCUUUGGACAGCCACAAGCGGCUCCAAAUCAAAUGGGCAUGAAUACCGGCAUGAACAUGGGCAUGAACCUUGCUGGCAAUGGUGGUAUGACAAACAGGAAAAUUGCAAGAAUGAGGCAUACGAAGAGAUAA